CGUGAUCGUGAUCGCCCGGGGACUGAGGUCUGACCCCAGCGCCGGGCCUUCUCGGCGCAGUCUUUUCACAAGGCAGCUCUUCGGGCUCUGACCCUUCGGUCACCGGCGGGUCUCUUCACCCUCUCCGGGUUAUCCCCGGAGCAUUGUCAGCCAUGCGGCUUCUCCCUGUGGCUUCAGGUGGGCCCGGGCGGGACAGUCUCCGCCUCCUGCCCGCCUGUAGCCCAGCGCCGCUGCUGCUUCUGCUGUUGAGCGGUUGCCUGGGGGCUCCUGGGCUGGCCGCAGGCUCUCGGAGGCCCAAUGUGGUGCUGCUCCUUACCGACGACCAGGACGAAGUGCUCGGCGGCAUGACACCAUUAAAGAAAACCAAGGCUCUUAUUGGAGAGAUGGGGAUGACUUUCUCCAGUGCCUAUGUGCCAAGUGCUCUUUGCUGCCCCAGCAGAGCCAGUAUCCUGACAGGGAAGUACCCACAUAAUCAUCAUGUUGUCAACAACACUUUGGAGGGAAACUGCAGCAGCACAUCUUGGCAGAAGACCCAGGAGCCAAAUACUUUCCCAGCAAUACUGAGGUCCAUGUGUGGUUACCAAACCUUUUUUGCAGGGAAAUAUUUAAAUGAGUAUGGAUCCCUGGAUGCAGGUGGUCUGGAACAUGUUCCUCUAGGUUGGAGUUACUGGUAUGCUUUGGAAAAGAAUUCUAAAUACUAUAAUUACACUCUCUCCAUCAAUGGGAAGGCACGGAAGCAUGGAGAAAACUACAGUGUGGACUACUUGACAGAUGUCCUGGCUAAUGUCUCCUUGGACUUCUUGGACUACAAGUCUAACUUUGAGCCAUUCUUCAUGAUGAUCUCCACACCAGCCCCUCAUUCACCUUGGACAGCUGCACCUCAGUACCAGAAGACUUUCCAGAAUGUCUUCGCACCAAGAAACAAGAAUUUCAACAUCCAUGGAAUGAACAAGCACUGGUUAAUUAGGCAAGCCAAGACACCAAUGACUAAUUCCUCAAUACAAUACUUAGAUAAUGCAUUUAGGAAAAGGUGGCAAACUCUGCUCUCAGUUGAUGACCUUGUGGAGAAACUGAUCAAGAGACUGGAAUUUACUGGGGAGCUCAACAACACAUAUAUCUUUUUUACCUCAGACAAUGGCUAUCACACAGGACAGUUUUCUUUGCCAAUAGACAAAAGACAGCUGUAUGAGUUUGAUAUCAAAGUUCCACUGUUGGUCCGAGGACCUGGAAUUAAACCAAAUCAGACAAGCAAGAUGCUUGUUGCCAACAUUGAUUUGGGUCCUACUAUUUUGGACAUCGCUGGCUAUAACCUGAAUAAGACACAGAUGGAUGGAAUGUCCUUGCUGCCCAUAUUGAGAGGUGGCAGUAAUUUGACUUGGAGAUCAGAUAUCCUGGUGGAAUAUCAAGGAGAAGGCCGCAAUGUCACUGACCCAACCUGUCCAUCCCUGAGUCCUGGAGUAUCUCAAUGUUUCCCAGACUGUAUCUGUGAAGAUGCUUAUAACAACACCUAUGCUUGUGUGAGGAUGAUGUCAGCACUGUGGAAUUUACAGUACUGUGAAUUUGAUGACCAGGAGACGUUUGUAGAAGUCUAUAAUCUGACUGCAGACCCAGACCAAAUCACUAACAUUGCUAAAAGUAUAGACCCAGAGCUUUUGGGAAAGAUGAACUAUCGGUUAAUGAUGUUACAGUCCUGUUCUGGACCAACCUGUCGUACUCCAGGGGUUUUUGACCCCGGAUACAGAUUUGACCCUCGUCUUAUGUUCAGCAAUCACGGCAGCAUCAGGACACGAAGGUUCUCAAAACGUCCUCUGUAGAGAUGGUGUGCAGCCUCCACAUUUGGAUUCUUGCACACCUCUUUCUGAUCAAGUGAGCAUAGUAGGUAUCUGUAGGUCAUCUUUGAGAACACACCUGGAAGAGCUUUGGACUGGCUCUAAGUCCUGUUUGAAAAGCAACCCAAUCAGCCGACUUCCUUGUGCAACUUAUUAAACUGUGAACUCUGCCCAUGAGUCAGGAGUGGCUUUCCUUGGUCCUUCCCUCAGAUGGUACCAAACACUCCUGAGGUCUUUGUUCCUGCCAUGUCCUUUCUGUUCUGGGACCGUAAUUUGAUUAUCCUUUGUGGUCAGAGUCUGAAUUUGUAAAUCCAUUCAGGUAAAUGGCAAUACUUUAGGACAAAACAAAAAAGAAAACUUGUUUUAUAGCCUGACCUAAAAGCAGAGGACUUGCAUAACAUUUUAGACUGAGCACCUCAAUGUCAGAAAUACUAGUAUCACAUGGCUUGAAUAACUGUCAGAGCUGAAUCAUCUGAUUAAGAACAAUUUCCACUGCUUUUAAGUAGAGAUGCAUUGUUUAUAAAAUCUAUCACAGUGUGAUAAAUUAAGGUGGCAAGUUCAAAACAUGUCAACCAAACUAUUCAUUUCUUUGGGAUUCUGUGCUGGUGCUGCACUAAGAGAGCAGGGAGCUCUGUAAGGCUAAUUCCAGGUAGCUCUUAAAGGUGACAGCUGUCUGCUUUCCAGUGGCUGCUAAUCCCACGGAGGGCCAGUCAGCACUAGCGGUAUUAAAGAACUGUCCCUUGUCUUGAGACUUCAUCGAUGCAGGCUGAGGGUACAUUACUGGGGAGAAGGAAUGGCCAAGGGCUGUGAAGGCCAUGUUUGCUGAGAGCCUAGUUAGGGCUCUUGGGUUGGCAGGUUAUAGGGUUGGACUUGUAUGAAGUGCCUGUCCUGCAGUGUCAGUGCCAUAUGAAGUUAUUUUGAUUGUCUGCAUUUUGCUGUCAUUCUCUUCAUUUAAGAUGUACAAAUUUCUUCUAGUUGAUGGCAAAGUAUCAACUACUUUAUCCCACCUUUUCCCUUUUCAGAUAGGUUCUUCUGAGUUUUUGGAGUCUUACACUGUAAUUAGGGCUCUAUUCAGUAGUCCCCCGUCAAGUGAGAUCUGUCUGAUUUUUCUGUUCAGCACGCCUGCAUUUUUGUUUCUUGGCUUGAAGACCAAUUCCAUUUCUAACAUUUUCUUCACAAGAAUGCUAAUUGGUGGUGCAGACAGCAGGGGAGAAUGUUGUGAUUUAUAACCUGUUCAACUCAGGCAAAAAGUGAUUUUAGCUUUAUUUAAGGCCUUCUGUCGAGCUUUAAGCACUUUGUAAGACAUGUAAUACAUGGCCACAAGUAUCUUUUCUAUCAGAAUUCAAGAUAGCCAUGUUGGUUUAAUAGCCAUUGGGUUUAUUAUCUUACCUCAUAUCUCCCCAGCAACUGUGAUUAUCUAGAGUUGAAAAGGCAGGUGAAAUGAACACCUCUGCUGUGAAUAUUUGAGAUGAUAAAAAAAAAAAAAAUGUAACUGAAAGCAAAACUACAAUGUUGAAUAUGGGUGUUGGUUUUACUCUCAACAUUUUUGGUCAACUUCAACAUUAAUGAAAGUUGGCCAUAGUUAUUCCAAAAUAAAAAGAAACCAUCUCUUACCAGGUCUUGGACUGUGACGUCAUAUUAUUCAGUUUUAUGGUGUUGGCUUUUAAAAGGAGGUGAAGUCAUGAGAAUGACCCAGGCCAGCUGCUGCUAGUAGUGUCUCUGCUACAGUGUUCUUACACUGAGCUCACAUAUUUGGGUGGUGGGAUGUGGUGAGGUUCUCUCUGUACCUCUUUUAGCUUUGGUGUCUUUCUUACCUAGUCUUUGAGUGAAGAGACCUCAGUUUAUAUCUUAACCGACUGCAAAAUGUACUGUUUUCAGAAUUUAUGUAUGAGGAACCCACUUGCAAAAGGUUCACUUUGUUCUUAAUUCUGCUGAUUGGGAUUUUAAUUAUUUUCCCUUUUAAGGUCAGGUCUUGGCCAGGGAUUUGGCUCAGUGGUUUCGCUGCCUGCUGCGCAAGUGCAAAGGCCCGAGUUUGAUCCCUGUUACGGGGGGGAAAAUAAAAAAAAAAAAGGUCAGGUCCGUGUCUUUUGGUGCCCUUCAAAAUAGAGGACCAUAAAUCAUUCAGAUGAACAGAGGCCUUAGGAAUGAAAAGAGAUUUUGCCUUACAAGAUUUCCUGUUCCCAAACUUUCCCUCACAUACAGUUUUAAAGAACACAUUUUAAGUAUCUUUGAGCUUGACAGACGGUGCUGUUGCAAACACAUUUUAAUUGAAAACACUAGGGUUUUUGUACAAAAUAAAUCAAAACCAUGAAAGUUACCUUAAUCUGUAAGAAAUGUUGUUUAUUUCCAAGUGUCUAAAUUAAGGAUUAAUGCUUUUUAAUGAAACAUAAGUUGCCCUAGAAUUCUUAUUAAGAGAAAGCAAGUUAUUUCAACUGACCCGCCAAUGGAAUUAGAUGAGUAUAUUUGCAUUCUUUGGUUUUUCCACCACUUGAUUCCCACCAAAUUGUGUAAAUUCCUGUGUUUGCAUCAUCUGUUACUAGAAGUUACUCUGCUCUGUCCUCUCAGUCAUUUCUCUUAGAAAGUGCCCUUCAAAGGAUCCUGUUCACUGCUGCACUUUUCAAUGAAUUAAAAUUUAUUUCUGUUCUAGUGA